UAUUGUGAAGCCAGCUGAAAGGCCGCAUUUAUUUUAUAUUUCAUUAUUUUUGGGAAAAGAACAAACAAAUAGGAGCCUGCAGCGAUGGAGGAUGUACAAAAACACAGUGUUCAUACACUGAUAUUCCGCUCCCUGAAGCGCACCCACGACCUGUUUGUGUCCAACCAGGGAAACCUCCCCGAAAUCGACGACCGGCUAGAGAAGCUGCGGCGCUCCAUCAAGGCUAGGGACAGCUAUGGACUGGUCCUGGACAAGGCCGCCAAGAUAGGCGAUGCCAGGAGAGCAGGAGCCCCGGUGCCGGGCGACAAGCCGCUGGCAAUUACCGAUGGCAGCGCUGAGGGCUCCGCUGCCGGUGGCAUGGUCAAGUACACCGGUGGCAGAGCUAUGGAGAAGACAGGAGCAGGAGGAGCAGCACCACCGCUAGUCACUGGCAGCCACACAUCGCUGGUGCGCGCCUCUCUGCCCAACAACAACGGUGGAGCAGCGGACAAUAACAGCGGUAAGGGGGCAAAUGGAAGCGCCAGCAACCUGCAACUGAUACCGAAGAAGGCACCGACCAUCCCGAAGCCCAAGUGGCAUGCGCCGUGGAAGCUCUCCCGCGUCAUUUCCGGCCAUUUGGGCUGGGUGCGCUGCAUAGCCGUGGAGCCCGGCAACGAGUGGUUCGCCACCGGCGCCGGCGAUCGCGUGAUCAAGAUCUGGGACCUGGCCAGCGGCAAGCUGAAGCUCUCCCUCACCGGCCACGUGAGCACUGUGCGCGGUGUGGCCGUCAGCUCGAAGCAUCCGUACCUGUUCAGUUGCGGCGAGGACCGGCAGGUCAAGUGCUGGGAUCUCGAGUACAACAAGGUGAUCCGUCACUAUCACGGCCAUCUGUCCGCCGUCUAUUCGCUGGCCCUGCAUCCCACCAUCGAUGUGCUGGCCACCUCGGGCCGGGACUCGACGGCACGAAUCUGGGAUAUGCGUACCAAGGCCAACGUGCACACGCUGACGGGACACACGAACACUGUUGCCAGCGUGGUGGCGCAGGCAACCAAUCCGCAAAUCAUCACCGGCUCCCACGACUCCACCGUCCGACUGUGGGAUCUCGCCGCCGGCAAGAGUGUCUGCACGCUGACCAAUCACAAGAAGUCCGUGCGCAGCGUGGUCCUGCAUCCGUCGCUGUACAUGUUCGCCUCCGCCUCGCCGGACAACAUCAAGCAGUGGCGCUGCCCGGAGGGCAAUUUCGUGCAGAACAUCUCCGGCCACACGGCCAUCGUCAACUGCAUGGCGGCCAACAAUGAUGGUGUGCUUGUAUCGGGCGGCGACAACGGCACCAUGUUCUUCUGGGACUGGCGUACCGGCUACAAUUUCCAGCGCUUCCAGGCGCCCGUCCAGCCCGGCUCCAUGGACAGUGAGGCUGGCAUCUUCGCCAUGUGCUUCGAUCAGUCGGGCACGCGCCUUAUCACCGCCGAGGCGGACAAGACCAUCAAGGUGUACAAGGAGGACGAUGAGGCCAGCGAGGAGUCUCAUCCGGUCAACUGGCGGCCGGAGCUGCUCAAGCGGCGCAAGUUCUAAGCCACAAUCCUCGUCUCCUAGUCUUUAAGCAAACUUAGGCUACAAUUUCCCAAACGAUUUCAUUAAAAAACGAACCCAUUUACAA